AUGCUUCGUCUCCAUCCAGAAACUCCUCCCCCGAUGUCGUCCUUAUGGUCGCCAAUCCAGAUGUCGAACGAGUGGAAAGAGGAACAAGUCCUCACCGACCAGAUGUUGGACGAAUUGAUAGAGGAACAAGUCCUCAACAACCAGGAUCUACCGGGGUCCUCCUCACCCCUCAUACCAACAACUUCCCCGACGACGACGCCGAAGACUAUGCCAAGUUCAAGGAAAGGGAAAGAACCCGAAGACCCUCACCGGAGAGGGCCUCACGAGGUGCACCACGGCAUGAAAGUUCUGAUGACCGAAACCAGUCGAGCCUUGGCCCAUUACCAGUGGGAGUUCCACCUCCUAGUGAAGGCACGCGUCCUAGUGGAGUUGCAGGUCCCUCGGGAUUUCGAGCAAGAACGACAGCUCAACUCCCAGGCCAUGGAGAAGCUGAACCAAUACCAGUUCUAUCAGAAACUGCACCUCCGCCAGUACCAACUAGUGGACCGAUUCCCAGCUCCAUGGGAGGACCUACCCCUCCGGAACACCAUCUCCGCGGACAACCCGGGAAUGAACAUAGCGACGUACCUCGACGACUGGCUAGUGCCAGUCUCCAGAUCAGGACGCUUGCCCUCCAAACCGACCCGGACACAGCCUCCUGGUACGCCCAUAAUGACGGGCGACCCCGAGCCCUCCUCAUCCACCCUGACGAGUUCUCCCAAUAUGUCAACCGAGAGCUCCUUCCAGCUCUCCUCUUCGGAGGAGAACUGGGAAACGUCCAACCAAGCAGAACCGACCCUUUCCGAGUUGUCACUUGGAACGUACCACGUCCCGGAGAACAUCCCACGCCUGUAUCAAAUCCAAGAAGGGUUCCGCGUACGAUCGUGGAGCGCCCUCCACCGAGACAACGAGAGGUUCCUACAGCGCAUAGCCAUACCGCGACUCCCCCCUCUCACCGGAUACGAGGUUUUCCCUUAUCCCAAGGAAAUACCGACGAGGAGGAACCGCCCGUCUAUCGAAGAAAUGAGGGAAGGCGGAGUCGGGGGAAACCAGGCAACCCUCGGACGCGGAACAACUGCUGGCCGGAGUAUUCGACACCGGCCUGGAUCGCCUCCUCCUAGUGCUCGAUUUCGUACGAACGAAAGAGAGGAUAACCGAAGUAGCCGCAGAACUCGCCGCGCUGAUUCGGAGGCUCGAAGAAAUAGCUCUUGGACUAGAUCCGAGCUCGAUGCAUGGGAUGCUCUAGACGAUCCAGGAAAUUACGACGACGCUGACCCCUACUACCGACCUGACGAAGGGGGCGGGGAUUAUCAAGGACCCUUCGAUUAUUAA